AUGACUCCUCCCCAGGGCGACGCUCUCGAGGACCAGAUCGCCUCGCUCACGCAGUCCGUUCGCGCGAACAGAGAGUCGCUAGAUGAUGCGACUCGGUUCAAGGCCCUGAAGGCUGCGCGGGGCCUGGUGGAGGCUCUUGGGUCUCCGCCGGAAACUGUAAUCCAGGAUGUGGUGUUGAAUCCCGUUCUGCUGAUGGCCCUCCGCAUGGGGGUCCAACUGGGAGUCUUCCAGGCCAUCCGCGACGGCCAGGACAAGGGAACUACCACGGAACAAAUUGCGGAAAAGUCCGGAGCGAGUGUUUUUGUUGUCGACCAGAUUUUGAGGCUGCUCUCCGCCUCCCCGCCGUCUCCUCUCACCAUGGUGAUGGCAGACCCGACUCUCGAAGCCACCACCAGAGCAUGCUUUGACAUUGGCAACUUCUGCACCACCUACGCCCCGGAGUAUUUCCAGAAGAACAACAAUCAGUUCCCAUCGUCGGCAGAAGACACGCCCUUCCAACUAGCCAAGAACACUCACCUCAACUACUUCCACUGGCUGGGCCAGAACCCGUCUCUAGCAAAGGACUUCCAGCAGUGGAUGACCCUGAAGCAGCGCUCGACCCCGAACUGGGUGGACUGGUUUGAUGUGCAGGGCACCAUCCUCGACGGAUUCCGGACCCAGCCCGACGACGUCUUGCUUGUCGACGUAGGCGGCGGUGAAGGCCACUACCUCCAUGCGUUCAACGGCAAGUUCCCCGAUGCGCCGGGUCGCCGUAUUCUGCAGGACUUGCCCCAGGUUGUCUCCGAUCUGAAGGACGCUCCCAAAGGGACCGAGCUGAUGGCCCAUGAUUUCUUCGCUCCUCAGCCCGUAAAAGGAGCUCGCGCAUAUUACAUGCACUGGAUUCUCCACGACUGGCGUGACGAACAAGCCCGCGACAUCCUCAGCAAUAUUGUGGCCGCCAUGGAGCCGGGUUAUUCUCGUUUGAUCGUCAACGACCAGAUUAUUCCUGACAGAGAUUGUGACUUCGCUACUGCUUGCAUUAGCAUCAUGAUGAUGGUCCAAGUCGGCGCCUUCGAGCGGACGGAGAAACAAUGGCGUGCUCUACUGACCUCCGUCGGUUUGAAAGACCUCUCCUUCCAUCAGCCCCCAGGAGGUGGCGAGGGGAUCAUUGUCGCUACGAAAGCAUGA